AUGGCCACGAAGCAGCUACUGUCAUUGGAGGACGAGAUGGCUUUGCUACCUGGCAAAGGCCGUUGUGGGGAGCUUUCACCCACUUGCGAAAGGCCUCGCGUUCGUGCAUUCUGGGAGCUUUGUUGCAGCGUUUGUGUGGAUUCUGCCUGCUCACUAAGCCAAACUUUGAUUCAGAUGGCACAGGAGGUAUGGCAUGAGCUACUAGGCGGCCCCUGCGAGUCGGCCUUUUUGGCCGCUGCAGUCGUUUUACUUCAAAGCUCCACCUUAGCCUUUGGCGAUGGAGGCUUGCCGUUCUUGAAGAGCUACCUGAAGAGCGAGCUAACCUGGUCCGAUACUUUUGGCGCCGGUCAGCUUCCACAGCUCCAUCCAUUUCCCUUCGCAGCGGAGUUCUUGGUCCUCUAUCAGAACUUUGUACCUCUCUCCAUGGUACCAAGCUGUGAGCAGACAGACAGCGUUGAGCUCUUCAGAGUUGCUUGCAGCAGUGCUGAUGGCUACACCAAAGGAUUGUGGCAGCCGAACUGCUCUCAGGAUCUUCACUGGGACCGCGCGAUUUUGCUGCCACAAGCAGAACUGAAGAAGGCAAGCUGCUUUACAGAGGCGGAUGAUCAGACACUCGCCCUACGGUGUCGGAGCCGGAGGUUUGACUCCUUGCUCCUUGCUCAAAAGGAGCAGGCCAGAAAGGCAUUUGAAUGGAGAUGUCCAUCUCAGUCCUCUGGAAGCAGAAACAAGUACUCGGAGCAAUCGUUCCGAAAUUGCGCUGCGGGAUUCGGCUCCUGGGGUAGACGCAUCGAAUCUCAUUUAAAGUGCGUAGCAGUACAAGUUGCAGAGACUCUUCAGCUUAGGCCAGAGGAGUCAGUCCUUGAUUGGGGUAGUGGUUGUGGAUGGGCGCUGACCUGGAUGUCUGCCCUCUAUGGCAUCCGAGGGUAUGGCAUCGAGGCCACAUCGCAGAACAUUGCCUGGGCCCGGCGCUUCUCAUCAGGUCAGUACUGUUUGUAUGGCGGCCUGGACUUAGGUUGGGUGUCAGAUGAGUCCUUUGAUGCAGUGAUCUCGUACUGGGUGCUCUAUCACCACAACGCGACAUCCCAGUGCCAUGUAGUGCGACAACUCGUCCGAAAGCUGAGACCAGGUGGCCGUGCCUGGUUUGGUGGGAACAUCCCAAGCCAAGCCAUCAACAUUCUUUCUGAGCCUUUCAGGAGAAGAGACUGGAUGCGGUGCUUGCUCCCAGCCCGAGUGGGCGGAGUGCCGGUUUCUUUGGACUUCCUGCCGGAUGCGACAUUGUUCCGCAACAGCUUGAACCACUUGGGGCAAGAAGCAGGCGACUACCUUCAUUUCCAUCCGACCUAUUCUGUGGUGAUACGUAGGAUGUAG